AAAAAAAAAAAAAAAAUUAAUUGGAUCACUCAAAAAACAGUCAGCCAAUCUCUUCUGAUUGGCUCACUGAUCUGUUGUUACUAGAGUUCCAGAAUGAAGCCUGAGAGAGGAGAGAAAACUACACUGAGAUGAUUGUCAGUAGGGUUCAUCCUCUGGAGACCAUGAACAGAAUGUCAAUUAGUAAUGCAUUCAUUAGUCGAUGAGAUAUUUCCAUCAGGACCAAAGUAGUGCACUGACAGACAAACCAACAUUAUUGCCACAGUGCUGAAAAAACAAAGAUUUCUGUUACAAAUAAUCUGAUUGUUUCUGUAUCAUAUUAGAUUAGAUUAGAUUACAUUAACUUUAUUUAUCCCACAACUGGGAAAUUCAUAUUAUUAUAUUAUUCAUAUUAAAAUAUGUGAAUGGAAAGAGAGAAGAGGUGAAAAUAUUUUGAAAGUAGCACCACAACAUUUCAUUCAUUAUGAGGUUAAAGAUAGUUUCACAGUUUUCCAGGUCAAUCUUAAAACAAAAGUUAAUUGAUGCAAAUGAAUGCACCUUGGUGCAUUAAUAUGAGUAUAAUAUAGGGCUGGUCCUUAUAUAUCGUAUAUGUGAAUGUCCAGCAGUCUGUGUCUUAAGGUGAUUAAAACCUCAUCUCAAUCGAUUUACACUCUUCACCAUGGACUUGAUGAUGAGUCAUUUCAGAAUAGAUACAACUUCUAAAAUGCUGGUUAUGAGAUGACGCAGUCCACAGCAGCUCAUCCUCAGUGUCUGCUUCUGCUGAGAGUGAACUGAUCUGAAUGCAGGUAACACACUGACUAUAGAUGAGUUCCUCAACAAACCCCAUGUCUAAUAACCCUAACGGUCACUUUAAUCUGGACUCCAGACUAAACGUUUUGGUCCAAUCGGCUUCCUUUACAUUAGAGUCAAAGGAGAAUACACGCAGUACCAUUUUACAAUAAAAACUACCCUUAUAAAGGAUUCAUAAAUGGUUUAUAAUUUGGUUAUUAAUUCAGUUAACACUUUAUAAAUCGUCAAACAAUUCUAAACGACUUAUAACAGUUUUCAUACAUUGAUGCAGACUCACUAUUGGGCAAGAUCAAGUUAAUGCAUUCUAAUCAUUAAUCUUACUAUUGUUUUACUAUACUCUCUAUAACUGGUAAAAUGAGCCUUAUAGAAACUUAUUAAUAAUGAUUAUGUGUUUUACCCUUUAUAAUAAGGUCCUUUUACAAGUUAUAAAUGUAAGUAACUGAUAAAUAAAGAUGCUGACAGUGGUUCCUUGCUAGUAAAUAUGUGAUGAAGCAGCAGGUGCAAAUUAUGAAUGAUGGAGAAAACAAAGAAAGUAAUGAGAUAUGAGGCUUAACUGUACAGAUACAUAUGGGCUCAUUAUUUGUCCUCAGAGACCUUGUCCUCACUCUGUCUCUGACAGUAAGUGACUGUAACCUGCAGCAUGUGCUCUGUGCUGUGGGAGGAGUCCGUUUUUUAAGUCAGUGUAAAGUGAUACCAAAGUAGGGAGGGAGGAGCGAAGCAGAGGGGCGACUUCCUAAAACCAGUCAGCAACCUACAAGUGCACUUGUUGUUUGAGAACUUUUAAAGUUUGUAUCGUCAGUGACUGAACUGGACUGAACUCCGGCUCAGCUCCGGCACAACACCGUCUCUACUGGUCGCACUCUGCCGCUGAGGAGCGGUACAGGACCUACUGUAGAUUUCCUGGAUGGAAACAGAGAGUCUGCUGACUGGGAGUGUCAACGGAGCCCCCGGGGAUUAUGGCUCCCGUUCGGGCCCAGAUAGCGAAAGGGCCCUAAGCAGCAGACGGAUGUCGUAUUCUGUCGCCCGGGAGUCGUGUAGUGUCGAGAGGGACACAGAUGAUGAGGAUCUCUACGUCCAACAAGCUAUUGUCUUCAUUGAGGACGCCAUACAGUAUCGGUCCAUCAACCACCGAGUGGACGCCAGCUCACUCCGCCUGUACCGAUGGUACUACUCCAGGAUCUGCCAGUGGGGCUUGGGCCUGACCAUCACUGUGGUGUUGUUGCUGGCCUUUGUGGAGCGCCCGUCCUCCCUGUCAGUCUCCUCAGACCCUCGGCAUAGAUCCACGCCCUGGGAGCCUCCCUGCGGCUUCACCGAGAGCAUUGAGAUUGUCUGCCUCAUGAUCUUCUGUCUGGACCUUGCUGUUAAGAGUUACCUGAUUGGCUGGGAUGAAUUCAGGAAGAGCAAAUGGCUGAUUGGCUACACUGUGGUCAUCUCAGUCUCCAUCAUUGACUGGGUGUUGUCUGUCAGCAUGGUGUGUGACGAGAAACUGAGAGUGCGGCGACUCUUGCGACCGUUCUUCCUCCUACAGAACUCCUCACUGAUGAAAAAGACACUGAAGUGCAUCAAGAGGACUCUGCCAGAGAUUGCCAGUGUCAUCCUGCUGCUGGCGCUCCACCUCUGCCUCUUCACUAUGAUCGGCAUGUUGCUGUUUGCUAAGACUGAGGAUCCAAAGAAGAACGGGGAGUGGCAGCUACACUUCAGGAACCUGACGACCUCCCUCACCUCUCUAUUGGUUCUGCUCACCACAGCCAACAACCCAGAUGUGAUGAUCCCUGCCUACUCCCUGAACAGAGGCUACGCCAUCUUCUUUGUCGCCUUCAGUGUCAUUGGAACCUACUGUCUGAUGAACUUACUGACCGCCAUCAUCUAUAACCAAUUCAGAGGAUAUUUAUUGAUGUCUGUCCAGACGUCCAUCAUCAGGAGACGACUGGGUAUCAGAGCUGCUUUCCAAGUCCUCAGCUGCCAGGGAGCCCAACGGGCCACUGAGGAGCGUGUGCGUGUUGAUGCCGUGCUGGAGGUGAUGUCCAGAGUCCAGAUGAAGAGCUACUACAGAGCAACCAUCACUACAGAGGCUCAGAGGUUUGCAGACCUCGGCUUCAUGGAUCGAGAGCAGUUCAGGAAGAUAUUUGAAGAAUUGGAUAAAGACCGCAUCAAGGAGCACCCUCCCUUGCCUCAGUACAACUCUCUGAUCCUGCAGAGACUUCAGGUGAUCUUCAGUCACUACUAUCUCACUAUAUUUGGCAAUGCAGUUGCACUGGCCAAUGUCAUCUGCAUAUGUACCAUCCUGGUAUUGAACUCUGAGAAGUCCACAGCAGAGCGAGAUAACUACAUCUUAGAGAUCAUCAACCUGUGCUUCAUCCUCUUCUACCUGUUUGAAAUGUGUGUGAAGAUCUUUGCCUUCGGCUGGAGAGGGUAUCUCUCCUACAGGAACAACAUCUUUGACGGCUUCCUCACCAUCCUGCUCUUGGCCCUGCAGAUCACUAUUUAUGCCACAUACAGACUUCCAUACUCUCACUGGGACCCGUCCUCUCAUGGGGUCAUGUCUCUGUGGGAGAUGGUUCGCUUGGUCAACAUGCUGAUUGUCUUCCGCUUCCUGCGAAUCAUCCCAGACAUCAAGCUCAUGGCUCUGGUUGCGAGCACUCUGCUUGACCUGGUAAAAAACCUCAGAGCCUUUGCAGGGAUCCUGGUGGUGGUGUACUAUGUGUUUGCUGUGUUUGGGAUCUGGCUGUUUGAAGGAGCUAUUAAACCUCCUCCAGAGAUCAGUGUGCUUUCCAACACCUCCAUGGAGAACAUCACCUCUAACCUCACCAUGGAAUGUGGUACAUAUGAACAGCUCCAGUACUGGCCAAAUAAUUUUGAUGAUUUUGCUGCCUCCAUCAUUUUGCUGUAUGAUGUCAUGAUAGUCAACAACUGGCAGGCCUUCAUGGAUGCAUACAGCAGAUACACCACCGAGUGGGCUAAGAUCUACUUUGUGUGUUGGUGGCUCACAUCCUCUGUCAUGUGGGUCAACCUUUUUGUGGCGCUCAUCCUAGAGAACUUCAUCUACAGGUGGGACCGCAGUCACAGCUGCUCUGUGACAGAUGUGGAGAGGAUCAGAUAUGAGACCUCGGUCCAGCUCAUGUUCAAGGAGCAAAUCCAGGAGCCAACAGAGGAAGAGUUACUCUGUCAACUACAUCAACACCCACACUUACACCUACACUGGUGACCCACACACAAACAAAAACAUAAACACACACACACACACACACACACAGCACCUGCCUACAACAGAGACACUGCUAGUAAAUCAGUCUACUGUGUGAGAGAAUUUAUAAUUUAUUUUAAUCUGUGUUAUUUUCAUUUAUUGAAACCAAUAGCACAAGUUUUUAUUAUUGGUUAUUCAUGAGUAAAACCACUGCAUGCUGCGGUUUCAGUUACACAAAGAUUUCUUGUUGGUGUGGGCUCUGGAGGCAGGUGUCGUAUCACUGGCUGAGAUGAACAUGAGUGGGUGAAGUUAAAGAACCAAAAGUUAUGUGCCAGCUCCACAGUGAAUUGCUAUACAGCACCUAUGUAUGUUUCUGCAAUAACUGCACUGGAAAUUAAUCAAACUGUGACAUCAGCACACAGAGAAAAUCUGCUUUUACAAAUGUAAUUUACUUUAUGCUUUUGUUUGACAAACUGCGGCAGCGAUUUAGUAUCUAAUGUUGAGAAGAGGAUCUAGAGCAGUCUUUCUCACUAAUUGAUUAAAUAUGAGGAGCUUAAUUAAUUGAAAUAUUGGAUUUUGCAUUACAGUUGUUAAAUCCAGGUAUAUUGUCUCAUCACAGUCUGGUACAUGUGUUAGCAAAGAGUGUGAGUCCUGCUGCUGUGAAAUGAGAGUAACCUACGUGGUGCUUGUUUACAAAGACAGAGCAGAUUUAACGUUUGACUGGAUGCAGGCCAUAAAAUUCUGAGGUAAACUCAGAUGUUCACCUUACCAGCUCCGAAUGACCUCUUUCUCCUUUCUCAAUCAAACUACAACAUGUUUAAGUCUUUCCAUGCAAUGGACCAUCCCUGACAGGAAGGGGUGUUUUCUCCUGGAGAACAACAGGGAGCUGGAAGAUAAUGACAGCACAGAAGACGGCAGCAGCUGUGCUCAACCUUCCUUGAGCAAAGCUGUCCUUGUAACUACAUUGGAGAUGGUUGUAGCCAAAGCUGUGUUGACAUUAUUGGAGAAACAGGGCUCUUGCUCUGAGCAAAAUUCCUGGAGGGACUGGGGAGUGAAAUUUGCAAAAUACAAAUACACACAAGAGCUACAGGCUCACAAAGGUCAGUGAAGCUCAGGUCAAAGGCCAGCACAGAUACUUUGCCAUAGUGCAGCUUUGCAUGGCGAAUGGUGCAAAUGAGGGAUGGACUGUCAUGACAUACACAGUAAUGGAGGAGAAGCACUCGCAGGUUUUUACAAUAAUGUGGACACAGCUGUGUGGUCAUGCAACCACAGGAAGCACAGCAAGGUGUCCUUUACUGAGUACCCUGAAUGCCUCUUCAACAGCAGAGGAAAACCCAUUACCUGGACUCGAUCCACUCAAGUUUAGUAAAUAGGUUUUGAUAUUAGUUCAGCUUGUCAUAUUACUGCUAUUCCCUCUACAGCUUCUUCUGUUGAUCUCCAUUAUGAGGUUAGAGUGGGUGAGCAGCAGCAGGUGUGACAGGAGCAGCUUGCCAUGUGGCCUGUUUCCUCUCAGUUUUGAAGCAAGGGGUUCACUGCUUCACUAACACCAGUGUCAGCUCAGUUUCCUCAGUUGAUAUGACUGGAGCCCAAACCAUGUUAGCAAAAAUGUCAAAGAGGGGCCUGGGUGUUAUUUAUUUAUUUCUUGUUUUGCUCAUUUGUUGUAGAUACUGGGGCUAAAACUGUUAUCCUGGAUUUAUUUCAGGAUUUUUAAUCUGUGUUUGUAAAAUGUGUGGAUGCAGUUGUUCCAAAGGAGGUCCUGGAGAGAACAUGUAGGUAGUCACGUGAGACUAUGUUAGAGGAGCUUCAGAUGAAUAUACUCUGGGACUAUCUGUGUUCUGAUUAUCUGCAGAGGCCGGAGGUUGCACACUCACACAUCGUGAAUCUGCCAUAAUGCUGGUGUCUUGAGAACUCAAAGGGUAAAAAGGGACAAACUCACUGUCAGUGACUGACGUGUGUUGUUUGAAUGGAGAUUCUUCUCUUCGUGUGCCUUGGUGUUUUUAUAAAUACAGUUCAAAUGUAUUUUAUUUGGGGACACAAUUUUUAUACAAAGAAGAUGUAUAUUAAAGUGAAAAUGCAAUAUAGUAAUAUUUGACAGUAACUGGAGUUACAGAUUGUAUUUAAGUCUGCAUGUUGUGAACUGUUUGUAUUAAAAAAAUGGUUCAAAUUUUAAAUAAACAUUUUGUAAAAAUUCAAA